GUAGCAUGCAGUUUUUGGAAAGUGCGGUGUUGCCGUGCACAAGCCAGGGAUGAUUUGCAGUCACGUGAAACUGGAAUGAAUCAUUUGAACUCCUUUAUAUUGCUGAAAAACUAAAGUGAGAGGGUCUGGUCCCCAGUGUCCACCACCCCGCACAUGCUUCCUGACCCACUGAAUUCCUGCAGCAAGUUUGUGUGUUGCUCCAGUGCAGUCUCUUGUGUGUCUCCAACCCUUGUGACUCCCGAGUUCUGUUGAGCGCGCAUCCGGCAGCACUAGGACCCAGAGGGAACCUCUCUCCUUUUGUCUCCUUCCCCUCGCAGGCUGGGCUGAGCGAGUGGCCCGUUGUCUGGGUUGCGCGCAGUUUGUGAUCCAGGUGAAUCCGUGCGGGCAGUUCGUCGCCGACAUCCCCCCCCUCCUCCCGAUGGCCACAUGCUGAGUCCUAGCGGAACCUCCCGUUGCACACAGAGGACUGCAGCGACGAUCGGAUGGCUUCGACUUGGAAGGGUACAAAGCCCAAAGCUGGGGGAGUUCGCUUUAGAGCCGAGAGCCAUGAAGGAACAGCCAAUCACGUUCACUUCGAAGAGAAAUUACACGACUCUAUUGUAAUGGUGACCCAAGAGGAAGAUGGGAGUUUUUUAGUGAAGGUGGGUUUUUUGAAGAUUAGCCACAAAUACGAGAUAACAUUUCUGCUCCCAGCUACACAGACCUUGGGCCAGGGAGCCUGCUCUGUCCCACUGCCAAGCCUCUACCUGAAGGUGGUUGAAAUUGUUCCUGUGCCAGAAGGUCACCGAAUGAAGUGCGAGUACAUUGCCCACAAGGAAGGGGUGAUCAGGGAGGAGAUGGUGAUCACCAGUGAGAUCAAGGACAAUGCCUCAGUGAAGGUGACGUUGCAGGCCAGAGUGCUGGAUCGACUCCACGGGACUCCCAUGCUGUUGGAAGGUGUCAAGUGCAUCGGCUCAGAAUUGGAGUACGACUCUGAACAAAGUGACUGGCAGGGUUUUGAUUAGUUGGCACCAGCACACUGUAGCACCUUCAGCCUCGAUGGUCAACACACAAUGUCGCACUAGCUAAGCUGUGAAAUAACUUGCAAAAUUCAACCAUAAACAAAGAUUGUAUUCUUUCUUACUUCUUCUCCGUCUCUUUUUUCUAUCUCCCCCUUCCUCUCUUUUUAAAUUUCCCUCCCCCAUCAAUCUUUCUCUCUUCCUUUCUCUUACUUUUUCCCUUCUCUCCAUAUCCCUUUUCCUGUCCCUUGCACACUCCCCCCUUUCUCCCUAUUUUGUACUUCAGUAUUCUGCUUGUAAUGUAGUUUCCCAUUGAGCAUUCAAUAUAAACAAAUGCAAUUAAGCAAUGCCUGUCCUUUGAAAAGUUGAGUGGGAGCAUAUAUGUUGCUAUAUAUUGGAUGAGUCAAGGGAUUAUAUGCAUUGAAUGUACAGUGAAGUACAAUGCAGAAUGUGUUUAUUUUGUGAAAUAAAUGAAAUACAUUGUUAAUUGA